AUGAACGGCCAGGUCUGGACCGAGGCACUUCCGCUCUGUGGAGUGCGUGUCCAGACGACUCAACAGGAGAAGAAGUAUUCGUUCCAGGUCUACGGACAUAGUCUUGCUGGGUUCGAACUUCCCGAGCCAACUCAACAGGCAGAAGACGUCGAGUCUCACUCUCAUUACUAUGACCUCGAAGAGCAGAUUAGCUUUGUCCAGGGCAAACUCAAUGGAUUCUUAUCUGAAUAUACGGGGAGUAUUGAGAGGACUUCGGGAGCUGAGCCCGUUGCAACUCCAAAGGUCAUCCUCAUCGGCCACUCUGUCGGCGCUUAUAUCGCCAUGGAAGUCCUCAGACGACACCGCGAGAACUCAAUGAACGGUGAUCGUCCCGUUGAAUUUGAUAUUGUCGGUGGAGUUAUGCUAUUCCCUACUGUUGUGGAUAUCGCAAAGUCUCCAUCCGGUCAGAAGUUGACCCGCCUGAUAUCACUCAUCCCCCAACUGGCCAUAGUGGCUGGUGUCCUGGUUCGCAUUCUCACGACUCUUCUGCCGACCGUGCUCCUACAACGUUUGAUCAAGCUUAAUAUGGCAUCCGCACCUGCCAGCAUGGUUGAUACUACGGCUGCAUUUCUGAAGAGUCAGCGCGGUGUACGACAGGCAUUACACAUGGCUGCCGAUGAAAUGCAAACAAUCACAUCGGAUCAAUGGAGCGAUGACGUCUGGGGAAUCUCCACCACCAAAGACCCGGUCACAAGAUUAUUCUUUUACUUCGGUCGCAAUGACCACUGGGUUGCGGAACACACAAGAGAUGCGAUCAUUGAGCACCGGGGACGUGUCCGGGGGGGGCCAGAAAUGAUUAUUUGCGAGGAUGGACUACCACAUGCUUUUUGUAUUCGACACAGUGAUAUUGUGGCUACGAAAGUGGCGGAUAUGGUCAUGGAUAUAAUGAACUAG